UUUAUACUCGGUCAUAAUUGACCAGUUUUUGUGUAAAACAAAUAUAUACUGAACCGACGCUAAAUGAAUGUUCUGAGACUUUCUGGAAAAUUUACAAAAAUACUACUAUUCUAAGAAAAUAGUGCAUUGUUGCCAUGGUAGCGUUUAUUUAACUUUUAAAUUAUUUUGGUUAUGUAAACAACAUCUUUUUAUAUGUUGUAUUUGUUAAGCUGUAUUAUGUUAGUGAGUAUAUUUUCAUUUGUUAUAAUUGCGUCAGCAAACCACUACAUGUAUGUUACAACACAUAUCUACCUUAAAAUGGCAAGAGUUGUAACUGAGAGAGAAGUAUCUGAAAAUCAUGUAUUUCUCAAACAAUAUCAUAUCAAUAAUUUGAAUGAUUGAUGUCUCUUCCUUUUGAAUAAGAAAGCAGGCAGCUUUUUCUGUAAAUAUAUGGAAAAACACUUUAAAUAUUCAAAUUGUUACUAAGAAAUUGACAAAAAUGUAACUUUUUUUUGUAAGAAAAUACCAACUUGUUGCCAUGGUAAUGAUAAUCAGUAUAACUAAGUCUGAAAGUUUAGCACUCUCACAGUUGAUAAAAACAGUCAAAUAAUUAUAUCUUUUUACUUGAUUUUCCUUCUUACUUUUUAACAGGUAACUUUUAAAGGUGUCUUUAACAAUAAGAUUAAUGUCCUAGUUUUUUUGGGAUGUUGUCUUAUUAGUAACUUGAUAUCAAAUAAAGUCUCUAUUUUGUUUAAAAGAAUGUCACAAAACUUCGGACAUAAAACAUUUGACUGUAAACUAUAUUUGCACACUAGAAAAAGUUAAUUGUGUAUUUAUUUCACAUUCUAGAUGUAGAUGUAAUUUAUUGCUAGAUUCAUCAAUGGACUAUUAAACAAUGGUUAUACAACAAGUGUUGCAAUGGAAACGAUUUUUAGAACAAAAAGGUUUGAUACUACAUUAAAGAAAUCGACAGAAAUAAUACAUUUUAUUAAUUGCAUGUUGCCUUUGUUACUUUAUCAUAUAUUCUAUAUUGAUAUUAUUUAAAAAUGGAGUCAUUAUUAGGAUAUACUACCUCAAUUUUGAUACAGUUAGACAAAAGCAUGGUGUCUGAAAAAUGGUAAUUUCUCCAUAACAAAUGCUGGUUAUUUGUUGUCAAACUUCAGAUUUUUACUCAGAACACGUCAAUCUGUCAGAUUAGCCCAAAACCCCAUUUUUGACCAAAAUCGCAUUUGGACCAAAAAUCUCAUGCUCUGUCAAAUAUUUUAAAUACAUGUAUUCAUAUCUGACCCUAAGGAAAAUUUCUUUAAAGUUGUAUCUAAGUUUCUUGUUGAGACUUAAUGCAAUUGUUGUAUUUUUUGUUGUUGUCAAUUUAUUUUAUUUACUCCAAUAGCUUUUGAUUGAGUUUGCAAAUUAUUAUAAAAAUAUUUUAUUUCACUUGAUGUAAAACAUUGCAUAUUCAAACUAUUCGUUGAAAAGCCAUUUCAUGGGAAAGAUUGAAUAUCUUCUAUAUACUAGUAAAUAUUUGCAGCUAUCUCUGAUUGGUAUGCAUCUUUAACCGAAAAGUUAAUAACAUCAUGAUUUUAAUAUAGAGAGAAUAAUAUAUAUAAUAUCAAUAUUCUAUUAAUAUAUAUGAAUGUAUUCGGCAGGACACUGAAAAGUCUGAUGCAGCUUAACAACAGUGAGUCUAAAUAGUCUACAGAGGAAAACAAUGGCAAUGAGCGUCGAAGAAGAGAUAACAAGAGGCCAUGAACCUUAUUUGAGACAUCUUUUGCUGUUGGGCCAAGCUGCACCUGUAUCCUUAAAGGCCAUUAUAGAAAGGGAAGUCUGUAAACGCGGUAAAAACCUAGCCAAACUAUUAGUUGAGCGCAAAGACAUAUUCAAAACGUAUCACAAUGCAGAAUUUUGUCAGUUGUUUAAAGGUGAUGAGGUCAAUACAGAUAUUGAUUCUUGGGACACCUUCAUGCUUUGUGUUGUAGUACUGGUCCUGUUUGAGUCAUACUUAGCUACUGUUGAGCUUGAAGCAAUAACAGUCAUAAAAGACCAAAUGAACGACUUAGAUUACUAUGCCCACUCUGCUUCAAUCAGCUACAAAACAUUUGAGGAAAAAUGGGUUCCGUUACAUUUGGCAUUUCUAGAGCUUUGCACAGGUAUUCCUGACCAGAAAAAAAAAUUCGAAUGCUUACGAAUGAUUCAUGCGUUUAAAUCAGAACAUAUUAGAGUUAAUUUAGAUCUUAUUAAAAGAAUUAAACAGACAAACAAUGCCACAUUGCACCUUCAGAUGGUCAUACAAGACAAAGUCGCUCCAAAGAUACAAGGCGAAACGGACGAAACAUGCGACAAAGACAAAGAAGACGACCAUGACUAUCCAGUAUUUACAGAAAUGCUUAAGGAUAAAUGUGUUUAUCCCGGUGAAUCAGUCGUUCUAACGUGCAGACUCAAUAUUCCCGAAAAGGCAGUCACAUGGCAACAUGAUAACAAACCAGUACAAAUUACAGACAACAUAAACGUAUUAAACGACAAAUGCUUCCACUGGCUAGUAAUUGCUCGUGCAAAGUUUUCAGAUGCAGGACUUUAUUCUUGUGCAUAUGGCAGCUCUUCAACAGCCGCUUCCCUGACAGUUUUAGAUAAAAGUCUCGGAAAAGGAAAACUUUUAAUGAUAGAGAAGUCUUUACAUGUAGCUACAAAAGAGACAGAUGUCAGGGAGAAUUUAAACAUUGAUCUGAUUUGUGUGGUCAAUAUACCCGCGAAUAAAGUUGUCUGGCGACAUAACGGCAGAGAAAUUAAACAAAGCAGAAGACAUCAUGUAUCGGUGCAGGAACUAGAACACAAGCUGACCAUCAGGAAUGCCAAGUUGGAAGAUAAUGGUGAAUACGCAGUUGACUUUGGCGAUGCCGCAUCAAGUGUAACAUUGACCUUUAACGCCGAUGAUGAUCCACGUAGAAGAAAACUUUUUGAGGAUGCUAUUAAAUAUGGCAUGGAAACCGACCAAUCGAUACGAGUUAUGGUAAUCGGCUGCUACAAUCAGGGGAAAACUACAUUAGUAAGGCGGCUACAGGGACAAUCAAUCGAAGACAUCGAAAGCACAAAUGGAAUAGAUAUUCAUAAAUGUGCUAACACAGCCAAUGGAAUAUGGCAGAAACAAAACACAGAAAACGAUGAAGAUGAAAAGAUUAAAAGAAUUGCCAAGGUGAUGAUGUCACAUUCUAAUUCCGAUCAAAAUGAUUUAGAUAUUGAAGAUGACGUAAUUGGUGAGGUAGAUUUUGAUGAAUGUAAAGCAGAAAGUACACAGGCAACUGAAAGCCAGGUACAAAGUCCAGAAGUAUUCAGAUCCGACAAGGCAAUUGAAAGCCAGGCACAAAGUCCAGAAGUAUUCAGAUCCGACAAGCCAGAGACAGUGGAUGCGAUGGAACCAAUCCAAGACCAUAGAAUACAUCAGCAGAAGGAAAUGAAUGGGCAUUCUGGAGAUCCUUUCCCAUUAAAAAAAGUUUUACUUGCUAUGGAAGAAAAUGAAAAUGUAAAAGAAACUAUACAUUUGUGGGACUUUGGUGGACAGUUUGUUUUCUAUGCUACACACCAACUGUUCCAUUCAAGACAUGCUGUGUACCUUUUAGUUUUUGACUUAAGCAAGCCUUUGGACCACCUUGUAAAAGAUGAUGAACACCCAGAUUGUGCAAAAUCAGCCACAAAAUCCAUGAAGGAUUACAUUGAAUUUUGGGUGAAUUCCGUGCACUCUUUUGUGUCGAGUAAAGAUGGGAAACAACCGCAAAUUGUACUAGUUGGUACACAUACAGAUAAACUCAAAGAUGUCAAGAAAGAGGCACAAGAAUAUUUUGAAGCUGUCAGACGAUUGUUUGAUGGAAGUACUUUACGAAUGCAUUUGCACCCUAAAACCUUUGAAAUGUCGGGAACGGAUCUAACAGACAAAGCGAUACAACCUCUCCGUGAAACUAUUUUUGACAUCGGGAGGGCAAACAUCCAAAACAUACCAGCAAGAUGGAUACCGCUUGAGAAGGCACUAACAGAGAUACGAGAUGAAAACAUAAUACAUCUCAAACGGCUACAAGAAAUAGAUGGAUCUUUAAAAUAUCCAAUCAACAAAGAGGAACAUCUAAAGUUCUUUUUGGAAUUUCAUCAUACGAAGGGGACAAUCCUUUACUUUGAUGAUAGCAAGCUGGCACAAUUUGUCGUACUGAAUCCUCCGUACAUUGUAGAUUCCUUUAAAUGUAUAAUCACGUCAAGAGAAUUUUGUAUAACUGACGGCACAUUGCGACCUUUAUGGCAGCAGCUUACAACAGAUGCGAUUCUUCGACCAGAACUUAUACAGUAUGUAUGGGGCAAUGGAACAGAAAAUCGUUUCCGCAAAUUUAAGGAUGUUCUCUUGUUAUUUUUACAAAAACUAAGGAUCAUUGCAGAGGCUCAGAUGUUUGAUAUGGAGUCGGACUCACUAGUUCCUCUUGGCUAUUAUAUAGUUCCAAGUUUUCUAAGAAAAGCAGAUGAUGGUGAGAUUGUGACAUUCCUAAAAGAACGGACAUGUACAACUGUCUCUGUUGUGUACGCGUUUGAAAACGAAGCUAUAGUGCCCACAAUUUUCCAGAGAGUUCUGGCGUCAUCUAUUGGAACGUGGCCGAUCGUGAAAAGUUCUGAUAGAAGUUUGCUGUUUGAGAACGCAUGUGCUUUCAAACUUGAUCUUUCAUAUGCCGGGAUCAUACUACGACAAAGAAAAAUGAUAGAACUGUCUAUGGCUCAUUUAAGUCUCGGAGAAAAUGUAUUCGGAGACAAGCCGGAUUAUUUUCGCCGGUUUGUAGAAUAUGUAAUAGGGACUGAAUUUGGAAAAUUGCAAACGAACGGAGAUGAUCUUGGAACAAAUCCGUUUCAGACGGGUAUAAGAUGCUUCCAUAAAACUCAUGAGUAUACGGGCAGCAAGGAAAUUUACUACCUUGAUGAUCUGAAACUACUGUCUGCUAAUUCGGUGUCCUGUCCAGAUAAUGUAUUUCAUGAAGGUAUACGCAUUGAACAAAUAUUUCAGCAAUGGUUCUUCCAAGAGGAAGAAACACUAUCAACUAAAAGAAAAAUACCCCAACGCAAAUUGUCCGAAAAAGAAUAUGUUAAACUAUCGUGUGACUGUAUAGGAAGCGAGUGGAAAAUGCUUGCCCGACAAUUGGAGAUAAGCGAAGUUAGGAUAAGCCAUAUUGAGAUGGACAAUCAGAACACGAAAGAUCGAAUAUAUGAAAUGCUUUUAGAAUGGGAUGCGAAAGAUAGAGAUAGGGCAACGUUGGACGUAUUGGUAAAGGCACUCGAUGAUAUUUCGUCACCAGCGGUGAAAUUGGAUACUUUAAAAAACAUAAUAGAUAGUUUCUACUGCCAGUGAGCGUGAAUGUUAUUGACAGUCACAAACAAUUCUAUCAUCAGUACAAUCCAAACACUGGACUUAACAUCGUUCUUUUCCCUCUGAUGAUCACGUAAAGUAUAUGUUUCAUUUACAUAAUAAAUAAUGGUGUAAUGUGUAGUACUAAAACCCAGUGACGCUGUAUAUCUCAUAUUACGUAAAGUCCCCAACGGAUUGAAAUAUGGAUAUGUAAGAAUUUUUAACUAUUAUAAAUCAUGAGGAGGGCGAUGUAUUUCACCUGCUAUUUUACACGAUAGCUGCCACUCAAGUCAAACCGAUUCUUAAAAGGGCGAUGGGUGAUACAGUGAAAAGUGAAAUGUAAAAGAUUACGUUUUGCCUUUCCUGAAUUUAUUUGUUAUACUCAUAUCACUUCUGUCUGGAGCGAAACAACACAAACACCUUUAAACAGGAAUUAGUUAUACCUUCAAAGAAUGCCUGAGAAUGUUGAGAGGAAGUGCAGUGUAUAAGAACCAUAACUCCAAAAGUAAGCAUGCUAAAAUUUACAAAGUCGACUAUAACUCAAUUUUGCUUAGGUUUAGUAAGCAAGGUAGACGUAUGGCUUUUUCUGUGCUUUCUCUGAAUAUCUUUUAUCGUCUCCCUUUAUUUAAUUUACUUGUCUGCUGCAUAACUCAUAAGUGCUGGUAGAUUUUUAUUCAAAUUAUACACUUAGAUGGAAACCAUUAAGAGAUAGUGUAGAGUACAAAAAUACAACCCCGAUUUGCUUACUUUCUGAAUUGUCUCCCUUUAUUUAAUUCAUUUAAGACGUUUUGAUAGGGAUUAUUUAAAUACAAACACGGUUACAGAGGACCAUGUAAGGACGCACAAUGUGCAGGCACAAUAACUCUUCUUUUAUUAUUGUUUUGAGGUAUCUUUUUGUCGUUUUCAAAAAAGUGACCAACUUAUUUUCUUAACUAAAAAAAAAAGAUCAGCUUCAUCAAAAUUAAUGGUACAAAAUUAAUGAGUAGGACCUCCUACUGUGGAUCUCCAAAAUUCAGGGAGACGGAGCAACUGCCAAAAUGAAGGACUGCACACAAUAAAUAAUCUCCCUAUGUAAAGAACGGACCAAGUGUAGCAAAAAGAAAGAUAUUGCCUUUUUCUUCUUUUUAAUGCAAGUUCAAGUUUUACCUUUCUGAAUUUUUGAAUCUUUGUAUUAUCUCCACGAUUUUAAUACAGCAUUGACCAGGACAACAAUUUUGAGAAGUGCACUAAAUCCAUUCGGUUUAUUGCUGCUAUUUACAUCCCAAUUUUCUAUUUUCAUCACUUUCCUGUUCUUUAAAAAGAGGAAUGUUCGCUGGUUUACCAGCGAGAGAUUUAUUCUCUGUAAUUUUGCAUCCCUGUCAAAGUGCGCCGACAGUGGUUAUUACUUUGUCUUGUUUUAUUUCUUAUUAGUUUCUUGAGUAUUAUAAGGUUUAAAUAUAAUAGUAAGAUUAUUUUGAGCUAAACCUGCAUACUAUAUUUUUAUUAAAUAAGAAUGUAACAAACUACUCAAUAAGCGAGUCGUCAGCGCAUUCAUAUGAUUUUGUUUACAAACAGUGAAUUUAUCAGCCCUUGGCCACAUCACCAAGGGAAAUUCAAAUUCAAAUUUCAUCCUGAAAGACUUAACAUUUUGUUUUCAAAGUCACCUUUGCAAAAUAAAACAGAAUCAGAUUUUUGAAUAGAAUGUUAUAAAAAGUCACAAAUAUGUACAAAAUAGCCAAUUAUCAGAAAAAUAUCUACUGAAUUAAGGUAACCCCUGUGAGGUUUAGCUUACAUAAGACGGAGAUGUUGUUGACUGAACCAGGCAGUGCCAUGGAACGGGGCGGUUUAACUAUAAGUCGGUUGUAGAUCACUUAUUGAUAUGCUAAUGAAUUAAGCGCUCUGCUCCUGUUCGGCAAACUCAUUUUCUCUAGAAUGUCAUUAUGAUAUAUAACCUAAACAUACAUUAGGUAAACUUCUAUGAUAUUUCAUUAAUACAACAGAAUUUCUGAACGUGAAGGAUAAAUAUCUUUAAAGUUCACAUCUUUAUAUCUGCUAAUAUAUUUUUUAAAAGUAAUGUUGUCGUAUUUAUUGGUAUAUGUACAUAAAAAUGUUAUUAGAUUUAAAUCCAUUUUGAUUCCUAUUCAUCAUUUCUACAGUCUAUAAGUAACCUUUGCUUCAUGAAUAAACGCACUUAUAAUUACCUAAAAUUUGGAAAGAAUAAUUACUAUCAAUUGCGUAUUGCAAAUACUUUGAGCCGUUAGACUUCACUCCGCCAUAUUGUUAUUUUCAUGUUAUCAGUUUACCUUUGUAUACCAUAGUAGAUAAAAAACGAUCUGACAGAAACUAUCAGCCAUCGUUAAAAAUCCUAUGCAAUGAUACUUUUUACCAUCCGAUUGCUGUUCAUUCACAUGAGAAUUGCAAUCAUAAAUGACCUCUUGUUACGGGAAACUGCAUGCUAAGAACGCGGCUAAUCCUAGUAGAUCCUUGUCCCUGUUUCUUUUAUCUGAAUAAAGCAAAAACGUGUCUACAUUUUUGUUUUUCCAUUCAUAAACUUAAGCCAUUUAGACAUUAUUUAAAAAAAAUCAGUUUUAUUUCUGUCGUGGAUAUAUAGUGGUUAGCAUGAAAACAUGAAAACAAUACUUCCAAAGAAACAUUUUGUAAAACUGUUUUUCCAAGUUGAAAAUUUUUGACCGACUUGUACAAUUUGAAAUUGCAUCGUUGGCCAUAAAAGCAACAUUGUUAGUGGUUGUUUAAAAGUUAAAAAAAGAUCCCACUGCCACUAUUUGGGACUUUUACACGGAGUGUACUAUAUUUCUGGAUCUCACAUAAAUAAACCUGUAACUCACGAAACAUCCUGUUACGUGUAAACUGGAUCAAGCAAUAAAUACCAUUAUCUUAAAAUAACCUAAAUUUCAUUGGCCGAAACCGCGCAUCAUAUUUCAAACUAUGUUUCAUAUUAAAUGGUUAGUGUGUUUUCCGCAUUAAACAUUACUUUCUUAAAAUAGAAUGGACGUUAUGUAUUGUUACUUCCAAACAUUAAAUAUUUGUUACUUAUUUCAUAUAAUAAAAGUUAUUUACUCUUGAGUCAUUGGAUGACAUGAUGUGAUAUUCACCAGAGGAGAGCAAUAUGCAUCUUUAAUUGCAAUCUUCCGGUGAAUAUCACAUCAUAUUUAAUGGCUCAAGAGUCAAUAAUUGUAUAUUUGUUAUUUUUGUUUAUUGGUGAAUAGUUAGUUGUGUUAUAUUAUUGACUAAUUUUGCAAUUGUACUUUUAAGACACUUAACGUAGUGGACCUGCUACGACAAUCGGUAAAUUACAUAUGUAAUUUCGGCAUUUUCCGCGUUUUAUUAAAACUAUGUACAUCCAUGAUACGUAAUUAGGAGAUUUCCGAGUGUCAUUACGGGUCUACUAGAGAUAUGCAAUGUCCAAAUUUUAUGCAGUUAUAAUAUCACAGCUUCAUUAACAAUGAACAGAAAUAAGAGUGCAUUUUAAAUUUCUUAAUUCUUGUAAGUCCAAUGCUACAAAUAAAUUAUUUGUUCUGACCCCGCAAUAUCUAGUUUGCUUCGGAUGCUAUUCGAUAAGUAUGUGAUAUACCUUUCCCCUUUUCUGCUCAUAAUUGAAACGCCCAUAAAGUGUAGAUUUAUCCACAUAUUCGGAUAGGUAAUUAAUUAUAUCAAGCAUAUUAACUGGGAUUAGAAAAUAUUAUUUUACCAGGUUUGAAAUGGGGAACAUCCUCUGAGUUUUGAGAUGAAUAGUCUGAAUUAGUAAUCGUUUUGUAAUUGUUAAAAUGAUGCUUAUUAUUUUAUAUCUGAUGUCUUAUAUUGACGUUUAUCUGCUAUUAUUUUCAUUACUGUAUUAUCUGUUUACUUCAAUGCAAAAGUAAAGCGUGUU